CAAACUUUCUGGAUUGUCCCAGGACAUUUGUGGGGCAAGUCCCACACCACGCGGGUAAGAGGAGCCACAGCCAGGGAGACAGCUGCUGCCCUAACCAAAGACAGUGGCCAUAGGGACUGGUGGGAAGUAGGAUGAUGGCGUGUGCGUGAGAUCCUGGUGGCUUGGAAGAUGCUCCUACUAUCCUUGAAAUAGAAAGAAAACCCCCAACAAAAUCCAUAUCUCCCAUAUCAUGAUUCUGAAAGUCUUGGAGUUCCUAGCAGUGCCAAGUGCUGGAGACGUUUUUUCUGCUCCUCCAAUAGAGUGAAGUGAAAGCAAGGACAACCCAGCAGGAGGUUGAAGAACGCAGUCACAGGUUUUGGAAGGUGACGAUGAAGUGCGAAGAAGUUACAUUUCUAAUGUGAUACUUGAAAGUUAGUGACUGCUUACAAAAUUUUCGUGAAAAUUAAAUAUGACUUAAAAGCAUUGAUUUAUGAAGUUUUAUGAUGUCAUCGGUUGCAACUGAAAGCAAACUCCAACAGGCUGUGAGCCUGCAGGGUGUCGACCCGGAAACAUGCAUGAUUGUAUUUAAGAACCACUGGGCGCAGGUUGUGAAGAUCUUAGAGAAGCAUGACCCCUUGAAGAACACCCAGGCAAAAUAUGGAUCCAUCCCUCCAGAUGAGGCCAGCGCUGUGCAGAAUUAUGUAGAACACAUGCUCUUCUUGCUGAUUGAAGAGCAAGCCAGGGAUGCCGCAAUGGGGCCAAUUCUGGAAUUUGUGGUCUCUGAGAACAUUAUGGAGAAACUCUUCCUUUGGAGCUUGAGGCGGGAAUUUACUGACGACACUAAAAUGGAACAGCUGAAGAUGUACGAGAUGCUGGUCACCCAGUCGCACCAGCCGCUGCUGCACCACAAGCCCAUUCUGAAGCCCCUGAUGAUGUUGCUGAGCUCUUGUUCGGGAACGGCCACCCCUGCUGUGGAGGAGAAGCUGGUUGUCCUGCUCAAUCAGCUCUGCUCCAUUCUUGCCAAAGAUCCAUCCAUUCUGGAGCUCUUCUUCCACACGAGUGAGGACCAGGGGGCGGCCAACUUCCUCAUCUUCUCCCUCCUGAUUCCCUUCAUUCACCGAGAGGGGGCAGUGGGUCAGCAGGCCCGGGAUGCUUUGCUUUUCAUCAUGUCUCUCUCUGCUGAGAACAGCAUGGUGGCCCGUCACAUCGUGGAGAACACGUACUUUUGUCCAGUGCUUGCCACGGGGCUCAGUGGUCUCUACUCUUCCCUACCUACAAAGCUGGAAGAGAAAGGCGAGGAGUGGCACUGCCUUCUCAGAGACGACUGGCUCCUCCUCCCUUCCCUCGUGCAGUUCAUGAACUCCCUGGAGUUCUGCAAUGCCGUCAUCCAGGUGGCUCAUCCCUCGAUUCGUAAUCAGCUUGUAAGUUAUAUUUACAAUGGGUUCCUGGUACCAGUCUUGGCUCCUGCUCUCCAUAAGGUGACUGUGGAGGAAGUCAUGACCACGACUGCGUAUUUGGACCUCUUUCUGCGCAGCAUCUCCGAGCCGGCGCUGCUUGAGAUCUUCCUCCGCUUUAUCCUGCUGCACCAGCACGAGAACGUCCACAUCCUGGACACUCUCACCAGUCGGAUCAACACCCCCUUUCGACUCUGUGUGGUGUCCCUGGCCUUAUUUAGAACCCUCAUCGGUUUGCACUGUGAAGAUGUGAUGUUACAACUGGUUCUGAGGUAUCUGGUCCCCUGCAAUCACAUGAUGCUGAGUCAGAGGUGGGCUGUGAAGGAGCGAGACUGUUACUCCGUCUCUGCGGCCAAGCUGCUUGCCCUGACCCCGGUCUGCUGCUCCAGCGGGAUCACCCUGACGCUCGGGAACCAAGAGAGGGACUAUAUUCUCUGGUCGAAGUGUGCACACAGUAGUUCAGGGCCCCUGGAGCAGCUGUGCCCUGAAGCAUCCCCGCCGUCGGCCUGCAUCGUGGAGUGCGGCAAAGCCCUGGACAUCAGCUACCUGCAGUACCUCUGGGAGGCCCACGCCAACAUUCUCCAGUGCAUGCGGGACUGCCGUGCCUGGUCCGCACUCUACGACGGGGACUCACCUGACGCGGAGACGUUCCUGCAGACUCUGACAGAGGACAGCGCUCCCGGCCCCACCUCCCCCGAGUGCAGGCUCCCGCAGCAGCCGCCCCGGAGGACGGGGCCCAUGCUGGAGGCUCCGAGGAGGGACAAGAGCCAGACGGACCUGGAGUGGGACGACAGCUACGACACUGGGAUCUCCUCCGGGGCGGACGCGGGCUCUCCGGGGCCCUACGACGAUCUGGAGGGCUCUGGCCAGCCGAUGCCGAUGGAGCCCCCCAAGCACAUCCAGGAGAUGAAGAAGAACGCCAUCCUCCGCUUCAAAGGGACCUACAUCGAAGAGUCAGACUUUCAGGACGACGUGAUGGUGUACCGGCUGUGUGCGGAGAAGGACUCGGAGGACGCCACAAGUUCACAGGAGGAACCUUCGAGGCCCCCGGCCCGAGGCCAGGCCGAGGUUCAGAGCCCCCCACUGAACAACGGCCCCCUGCCCAGCCCUCAGCCAGAAUCAGAUUCAGAGGAGGAACCCAGCAGGGACAGCGCAGACAUGUUUCCCAACGUGUCCCAGGAACCGCAGCAGGAGCGGGACCCUGAAGGAGCCCCAGAACCACCGGCAGAGCCAGCACCCCCUAUGUCUGAGGCAGGGCACAGUUCGGACCUGAUGAUGACGGACCCCGAGGGUGAAGACUUCAUUGCCCAGUAUGACCAAAUCAUUAAGGAACUGGAUUCCAGCACCGAGGGCUUGAUGGGACAGAACUUCUCCUCCCCUGAUCCCUCGCUCCUCACAAAUGAGCAAGAGGGGAAGGAAGACAGCAGAGGCGAACAGGAGGAGGAGGAGGAGGGAAAGAGGGAACUGGAAGAGGAGGAGGAGGAGGACGACUUCGACUCUUUUAUAGCGGACGCCCCUGCCACAGAGGCCGUGCCGUCCCCAUUCGGGGUGAGAGAGGAGACUGCCUGUGCCGGUCACCGUCCCGCGAGGACUCAGAGCAUCCCGUUCACAGGCCCCUUCAUCAGUGUGGUGCUGUCCAAGCUGGAGAACAUGCUGGAGAACUCUUUGCACGUGAACUUGCUGCUCAUCGGGAUCAUCACGCAGCUGGCCAGCUACCCCCAGCCCCUGCUGCGCUCCUUCCUGCUCAACACCAACAUGGUCUUCCAGCCCAGUGUCCGCUCUCUGUAUCAGGUCCUAGCGUCUGUGAAAAACAAGAUUGAACAGUUUGCUUCUGUGGAGAGAGACUUCCCAGGACUCCUCAUACAAGCCCAGAAAUACCUGCUCUUCCGAGUGGACAUGUCCGAUGUGACACCAGAGUCACUCACCAAAGAUCCCACUCAGGAUGCCUCCAGGACAGGAACCGGCAAGAGCCUUUUGGAUGGUCCACCAAGAGUGCUUCAGCCCUUCCUGACCAACAGAGCCAAGGCGGCCGGGGUGCCGCCCAGCCUGCCCCUGCCGGUGAGGAACGCCAUGCUGGCCGCUGCCCUCUUCCCGGAGUUCCUGAAGGAACUGGCCGCCCUGGCCCAAGAACACUCCAUUCUCUGCUGCCAGAUCCUGGGGGACUUCGAGGACUCCUAUUGUUAGCAUUUUCGUUUUUUAAAUAGAGGGUUUUUUUUUAAGGUUUAGUGUCUUGACUGAAUGUUAAAUGCAAAGCUGCUUACAAAAAUUUCUACUUUGAUAUUUCCUGACAAUACUUGAUUUUUGGGAGGGGAAUUUUCUCUACAUCUCCUCUCUCUCUAGCUGGGUCUUCCCACCCUACGAUAUGUAGAAUCGUGUAAGUCUCAUAAGCUGGUUGCUCCUUUGGCAGGUUUUCUUUGCCCCAAUCUUUCCUCUUCAGAUUUUGGGUUGUUAUUCUCCCAUCCCUUUGAGUCAACUCUUCUUGCAGCGUAGAUCAAACCAAGCAAAUAGGGGGGUUUCUGGAAGUACCCCAUGUCAGAAUGUCGGCUCUUCAAUGAACAGCACAUGAGGAAAGCCGUUCCUAUCGCCCCGUGUUUUGGAUUCCGUUCCGUAACAGGGAAGAGCAGCGAUGGAGCUUCCGCUGCCUCCACCACGUAAGCGGGUAUCAUGUGACCCUUUGCAUUUUACAUCCAAGACUCGUGUUCUGCCCAACAUGGACUGCCCCAUGGUGCAGGCAAGCCUGCUGGUCGCGGCUGUCCGCCUGGGAAGUCAGAUGUGGUUGGAGAGAAUGUGCAAUGCUGGGAAGUUUUCUUGUUUCCGGAGAGAUUACUUUAUUCACUGAGCACUACCUAAAUACUGAAAGUAGCCUUAUCAUACUAAGAUUUGCACAAAAUGAAACAUACCUAUGCAAGCUGUUUCUUUGAUGUUUAGGAGCUUGCUUGGAAGAAAGCAUGCUCUCAUAUAUAAGAUGGGCAUCAUUAUUUCUAAAGUGUUUUAUGAAAAACAUUAAUUUGGGAAGCUGUUUCAUAUAGUAUUUUUUUUUUUUGGUGGUGAGAGACUAUGGAGGGGAAAGGAUAAAGGUAAACUAAAUGCAGCCUCUAAAAUCACUGGUAAUUACUUUAAACUGUGUUUGCUUUUCCUAACAAGUUGCACUUUGUAGGUAAGCAGGAACUGGAUGGCCGCUCUGGAAACUGGGAUGUAAAUGCAAAUGGGUUGCAGGGACCCCUGCAAAGCCAAGUGCCUGCUGCUGGUGACGGGCUCCACAGAGAGCCACCACCACCUCAGCCUUCUGAGCGACGGGCUUCAGCAGAAGGCCCCGGGGUGGGGUCUUAGUGCCUCUCUGCUGCUUUUCAGCCCAGCCACUCCAGUUACACUCAGAACCACAGUCUCCUAAGCCUCCACCAAAGGGGGAAACACGAAAUAACUGUGGGUUGAAAAGGAGACUAAACAACUGGUAUUUAUGGAUAUUCAGUUCUCCUCCCCUCUCCUCUGGGCAGGUGAGAAGCAGUACAAGAGGGAGUGGAGGACACAAUUACUUCUGAGACUGUGCCGAGCACAGGCUGCCCUGCACCGUCCAAGGGCCUUGCAGCAGUUUUGUAUUGAGAGCGCACCGGCCCGUGGAAUGAUGACCCGGGGAGAUCUGGCUUAGGCCGGGUGGCUCUUAGGGGCCAACCUCGCAGUGUUUCCGAGUCUAAGCAAGAAACCAAAGAUGCCAAUUUACUGUACAUUUCUGAGUCCAAAUUUGUCUGCCUUGAGGAGUGGUUUGCCAGCUGUGCUGCAGCGGUCAGAAUGCAUGCGGCCCUGCAGACUGGCCUGUCCCCUGCACCCUCUUGUGUCUGUAUGAUCACCAAGUCUCUGCUGGGAAAGGCGGCGGCAUAAGGGAGGGAGAAGAGUGGGACAGAAAAAUGGAGUUUAAGCUGUGAGUUAUUACUAUCCUCUCCCUUUGAUUUGCACAAGUAUUUAUCUUCCAGUUUGGACUUGCCAGGUAUAGGGGAUGCUAAAGUGGCAUCUGCAAACUGUAUUCUUUAAGCUUUUAGGUUUGAUUUACAGUUCUUUCCAUUAUCUGGUGAUAGUGUGGAUUCUUUCUCAGGAGUCCGUAUCGCUUUGUUACAGAACCCACCAACCCCUUUGCAGGAUGUGCCUUCUGGGAAAGGGAUUGAUCUUGUGCCUCUUAGUAUUUUUUUAAAAAUAAGUACUGAAUAGACUGACCUUUCCGGAGACACAGCUGACCAGGGUCUGGGGUGAGACAGGAAGAGGAAUUCCCAUGCUGGGGUGCUGGCAGCAAGCUCCAUGGACACCCCUCUAUCUGAAACUGGACACUGGUCCGCUGCAGCCCUCCCCCAGGGCGCUGAAUCCAGGGCUUUUCAACAUGUAUUCAGGAAGUCACCCUGGAAGUGCAUAGAAAACCGGGAAACCCCGUUGGCUGAGGGGAGCAACCAGGUGGGUCAGGUAAGGGUGUUUAGGGAAUGGUGUGGAUGAGCCGGGGGCGGGGGGAAGCAGUGGCGCUCCAAGGCUCUAACCAGGAGCAACUCAGGUCCUGGGGGGUGUGAGGAGUGAACACUGUCUGGGUAGAUGGGGGGAUACCGUACAGCAGGUGGAUGAUUGGGUGGGGGAGACUCCUGGUAAUGGAGUAGAAUAUUCAUUAUACAGUAGGUACGACCUUUAGAAAUAUCUUUUCUGUAAUGAGUUUGGGGAAAAAAAAUUGAAGGAUACCUGGCAUGCUUUAAGAUGUGGCCCAAGAGUAGAGACACCUCUCUGUGGGUUCAGGCCCGCAUGUCAAAACACUGUGCUUCUGGUGGCAGACAGCGGGUGGAGCCUCCGUCGUCCCCCGGUCGGCGUCACCGUGUCCAGCCUGACGGUCCCAGGCAGUGAAGGUGAGUCCAGGGCUCCUGGAACGUUACAUUACCCUCACUUCAUAAUUCAGGGUCUGAGAUUAAGUUCGGAUGGAAUGAAUUUCGUGGUAUAAAGUAUAUUAGACCACUGGGAUAUUUAAAAUUGAUUUUUGGAAAUGGUCUUAAGUCUUUCAACAAAGAAUUUCAGGUUUAGUCUAAAAUAUCAUUUCAGGAGUAUAAAUCACAAUUUCUUGGCCAUGACGGGAUGCGGAGUUAUCAGAGGUGGGAUUUUCUUUAGCAGCGGAUGCUUUCUUUUCCUGGUAUUUAGAGGGAUUAUGACAUUGUCCCCAUUUUUCUUAGUAUCCCAGGGGUGGACAAAUGUGAGUUUAUAGUUGUAGUUCCAAUGAAUAAUAAUAAAACAAGGGGAAAAAACGUGUUUCAUGCACUCACAACUGUAAACCCACUUCUGCCCUCCCCUGUGUUUUGGAAACUACUUUGAUGUUCUGGGCUGGGAAUUCCUGUCUCUGUCACCUGCAGGGAGGAUGCGUUCGGUUCUUUCACGGGGCCUCAGGCGUACCUCUUCCUUCGCAGUGGCUUUCAUUGUGGUCAGGUGUAGCUGUCUGGGGAGCCCCCUAUUAGCAGCAGACCCUGGAAACGGUAUGUGAGUAUCUGGCUUCCUGUGGUGCUCAGGCUGAAAUCUGUGGUGGGUGUCUCUGCAUCAGCUCAGCAGGCACGUGGGCAAGCUUCCAGCUCCAUGUGGCGGUUAGGGGUUGCAUCCCAAGUCUGCGCAGGCGUGUCCAGGUCAUCUUCACAAGGGCAGUGCAGCUCCAGCAGGGGUGGGACGUGUCAGAAGGGUGACAUUAAAUAUCCACAGCAUCCUCUCCAGUUCUCAUUGAAGGGCAGUUUGAUUUAAUUGCUAAUUACCAGCCAGCCCUUCUUUACUGAAAUGACCACCAUGCUUGCUACUUUUAUGAAACAGCUUAGUGCAGGACAGCCAUUCCUGCAUGUGCCCCUUCGAGCCAGGGCCCAGGCCGGGGCAAUCGUGGCUGGCGGCCAAUCCCAGCCAGCUCUGCAGGGUAAGCCCUUCCUGAGAACAGCAGUCCUCUGGUAACUGAGGCCACAGGAGCUUGGAGUCAUUAAGAUGCUCUCAGGCCCCUCUGCGCUUCAGCCAUCAGUCGAUAAAUCACACACCACUAAUUCUCCAUCAAAUAACAGCUUAAAACAGAACACUGUCAAGUCGGUUUAUGCUCCAUUCUUAAAUCACAUUGAGGAAACACUGAAAGAAAAUGAAGUAGACGCCUUCUUUCUGUCUGAAUGACCAUCAUAAACCUAAUACUUUUUUUAAGGAAGAGCUCUUGGAAGAUGAGUCAUUCUCAGGAUAACUCUGCCUCAGUAAAUGCUCUCUCCGUCCACGCAUUUAUUAGGCAAUUACUUGUUUUGAGGACAGAUUACCCAGGCAGCUCAUUAACUGGCUAAACAGGGCUUUAUGAAGGAUUUUUGGUGAGGUUCUGCAGGGGAAACGCAAGGGCAGGGUGGGGAGGAAGCCCUCGGCUCUUUGGCCUCUGCACCUGAGAGUCCUAAAAUGAAUAAUGGUUUCAGGUGGCACUGACCCUUCCUGCCCCCUUGGUUGUUGUGCAUCAUUCCUACUUACACGUGAGGAAAGCGAAUUCACCGUCACCCACACGGGUAGCGAGGCUGCAGCAAGUCCCGUCAGCGAGAGUUCGGUGUGCACUUCAGGCCCCUUUCAGGGGAGCGUAGAUUUACUGUCAUUCAGAUCUGACAAGCGUGAUGGAAGCUCUCAGGCCACACUGUGAAUUCUGCGGUGCUGAGGCUGCAGAAGGCUGUGUUUCUUAGCACAUCAGCUGACUUUUAAUUGGGACAGGUCUACAGAAGGCCCUCGUAUAACGAGGUCCCCUUUCGCCCUGGAGGCAUUUUAAAAGAGGAAAUUUGGUGCGGAUUUUACUUAAUUGAUUUUUGCUAAGUUGUUUUAACUAAAGGAGGCAGCCAGUGACAAUUUGAAUCAGAGCCUUCCUCCUUACAGUCUGGGGUCAGCUCUCUCCUCGAACAAUCCAUAGAUGCACGGGUCUGAAAGCUGCCAAGGCGGCACCGUCCCCUUCACGAUGCUCUUGGUAAUGGACACACAGCAUGGCCUUUCAGACAGAGUCAUUGCUUUUCCCCGAAUGGUCACUCUGGAGUAUCUGUGAAAUGAAGCAGCUGAGUUCAGUAGAAAUGAAAACGAGAAUGUAAACUGUGGGUCACAGCCACAAGCUAGACCUUCAGUCGCCCAGCUCACUCAGACCUCCAGGAGGGUGCGUGCAUCACAGCUGCUUCCAGAUUGGUGACGAUCACAGAAAAGAAGGGGGAAUGUGGAGCUCAGCUAAAACACCCUUCACUUGGUAAAAAUAAUGAUCAAAGUUCUUUUUCCUGGGCCAUCUUCACCUUGAAAGACAGAAGUUCGCCCUCACCUGUGAGCCAGGAUGUGGUCAAGAAGCUCCUCCUUAGACACAGAUAUCCCGAGUUUACAAGCCCAUUCAGUCUGCAGUACCAGCCUCUCAUGCAAAGGGGCCCCAUGAAGGGCUGUCCAUUUAGUGUUGUAAGUCCAAUGACCUUUUCCUAAAUACCUCUUCUGUGUCAGGUGGCACGCUGAGUCCCGAGGCUGACAUUCCCACCCUCCCACCAUAACCGGCCAGCCCUCCAAGGUCUCCCCUCAAGCAACAGAACCCAUGGUUUGGACAUGACCAGGCUGGGGGGCAGCCGGUUUCCUAGCACAUUCCCUUCCCCACUUACAGGUGUGUGGGUUCCAGCGG